AACCAACCAAAUUAACAAAGACAAAAAAAAUAAAGAAAAAACAACUUGUGUUAGAGAGAAUCACCAUGAGUCAGGAGAAGCCACGGAGGCCUCAGCAAGAACCGAUAAAAUACGGCGAUGUGUUCAACGUGUCUGGUGAGUUAUCAUCGCAACCUGUUGCACCAAGAGAUGCUGCAACAAUGCAAUCAGCGGAAGACAAAACAUUGGGACAGACUCGAAAAGAUGGCCCUGCUUCUCUCAUGACUUCUGCUGCCCAAAAAAACGAGGAUGCUGGUUUCAUCGGUCACAACACUGCUACAAACAUUGCAAGGGACGAAGGCGUUACCGUUUCCGAAACUUAUGAUUCGGGCAAACGUGUCAUCACUGAAACCCUUGGUGGACAGGUUCUGGAGAAGCUUGUGGAAGAUACAAAUGGUGCAAAAGGGACUGAGAAAAACAAGUGAUGUAGACUUGAGUUCAAAAUCAGAUGCAGUGUGAAUUUUACCUUUUAGUUUUAAUAGUUUUGGUAAAAUGUUUUGCUUUUCUGACCAAGACUUUCUCAGGUUGUGUAUGAGUCUUUUGUUAUGUAUAAUUAUCCUAAAAUUUACUGUAUAACAACAUGUGUUAGUGUUUUUUUGUGUGACCAAAAUAAUAUAAUAUGUUGGUGUUAAA